AUGAGACAGCCUUGCCGGUGGGACCAAUGUACCCGCCCUAACCAGAACCAUGGCCCGCGUCAUCGACGUUUUUUUUUUUUCCGGACGAAAGGUGCGGUGGGAAACGCGAACUUCGGCGAAUCUAAGCACAAGGAAGUGAAGAAGUCGGCGACAUCCGCGAGUGGACGCGACAACCCGGUUCAUAUUUUCAGGACUUGGAACGACACCCAAGCCCUGAAAGCGUUAUGCGACGGCGUCAGGUGGAGUGCGAAAGGUCGCGUCGGCGGGGUCGAGGUCACGAAGGAGUUGACAGCUGGUCCUCUCUGCCGGGAAGUGCUUCAGGAGGUGUUCAAGAUCUUGCCGCUGCAGACGACUCCAGCAGCCUCGGAAGACGACACGACGGGAAGAAGGGGGGGGCGGCCGCACGGUUACCAACAGUGGGAUGCCGGGUUGGUUCCAACUCGGGUCGAGACCGGUCUGGACGCCCCGGCAUGGCAGCAGGCGAUAUCGAAAACAUUGCCAUCUGCCGAGCAACUGCAAAAGUGCUACGACGACUCGCUUGGGUGUGGUAGGACCGCGCAGGAGGCGCCAUGUAGUAGGCGGACGUGCUCUUUUUGCUGGAGGAACAGAGGCCAAGGCAUCGUCCGUCAGACGGUGGUGGUGUUCAACCAUUGGGGCCAGGCUCCGGCGGAAGUCAGUGCUGGAAUCGGCACCAUCCGUGGCGGCCCGGUCAAAGACGCGGGUACCCCUACGUGGGUCCGGUCGGCGGCAUCGCGUGGCAACGACGUCGAGAUAUACCUCAAGGCCGAAGACCAGCGAGCUGGAAACCGAGGGCUAGGUCGCACCACUCUCGGGAAAGUGGCCUAUUUUUUCGAGCACCAAGGCAACGACUGGAGACGAGGUGACAGCAGUAGCAACGCCAUUCCGGAGUGAGAAUUCACCAUUUGGGUGGCGGUAGCGGAGUAUGUGACAGCAGGAGUUGGCAACAAGCGCAAGGUCGAUCCUGUGACCGGUUUGGACAUGUUUCGGAUGCGCACGUCACUUACGUUUUUCCCUGCUUCGGCCAUCCGGUGCGUAGUGCAUAUGAUGCAUGCCUGUUCCACAACUGGGGCAUCCGCCUGCCGCCUGGUCGACGAGGGGAGCAAGCGGCCGGUGUGGCGGUGCAACCUGACAGGAAACCCGAACUACCUCCUCAACAAGUAAUUCCACAGUGUUCUGCGGGACUCCAUCGCCUGAGCCGUCUCAGGAUGGGAAUACCUGUAGAUGACAUUCCGGUGCUCUACAGAUUUUACCCCUGUUAUUCAUCGACUUCUCGAGUCGCGGGUCUCGUUGGGCGGAGUCAAGCGGGAGGGGGAGGCGCAAGGAGUGCGGAAUGGGAGCGGGAUGGGGGGCGGUAGGCCACGCCGCGGGGCUGAGCUGCUGUGGAAAAUGAUUCUGCUUGCUUUAGGACGUGCGUGUUGUCGGGGGCAGCCUCUGCAAAAAGCGCUUCCGGGCCCACCAGAGCCUCUUUUUUGGAACAGGCAGGUCGGGAUAUUUUCGCGAGGAAGGUCAUGGCAGGAAAAGGGCACAGCCACUACGGUAUGGCCGUAGACCGCCAUUUUCGAUUGUCGUGUUUGUCUUUGGUGUUGACCGGAAGCAAAGCGUCCGGUCGGAAAAAUGAAGCACUCGGAGAGGCCUUAACGUGUGUGUAUUUUGUUUUUGUAAGUGCUCCUGGAGUAUUUUUUGGUUUUGGGGAAAACAAAGCAUGUUUUGCGGGGAUCGAACUCCCGACCUCCUUAUUACGCUUAUCAUACGCUUUCGCGAGAAAAUUCCCGCUUACUUUUUUUGGUUUUGGAAAGAUUGUUUUUUUUUCGCGGGGACCGAAGUACCGACCUCCUCCGUACUACGCAUAUCAUAUGCCUAUGCCUUCCCGAGAAAUUUCGAAAUUUCGCGCAUCAUUCGUUGGU